UCACAUGAUGUUCACUUUCGAACACAAAGCUACAGGAGUAGUGUGUAUUUGAGGGCUAUAAUUAGUUGUUGUAUCAGCAACGGCCAACUUAUUGGAGAGUUCGCCAAGCAUCAAAAUAUUUAUUUGAAAAAUCAGAUUUUUUAAAUAAUCGUCAGAACUGUAGCUUGAGGAUAAGACGUAUUAGUGGCACCAUCAUAAUCGUCGAUCACUGAUCGUUCCUGUGACAAGAGAGUGAGAAGACGGCUUGGAGAUCAUCAUGGCCGCUACCUAAACUUCCGAUUGGGAAACAUCAGACUCCGCUGUUUUUCUCACAUUUGGAAACAACGUAACUUGAGUUGGAACCUGAUGGGGCCUUUGGGUACUCUUUUUCUACAUCUGUGCCAAAUGUCUGCCUGAAGGUCCAUUGAAAAUUUCAUUAUUUAUAUCUUCUUGUUAACUUGUCUUUGGCGUUCUCGGUGACAGCUUGACAGAAAAUGUAGUUAUUCUUGUCUUCGCAGGGCAAUGUUAGUUUACGCUUCAUGGGAAUUUUUGCAUUGACAACAUACCCCUGUGCAGCGCAAAGAGAUGACGACGAUACCUCGAAAAAGACGAUCAUUUGUUCUGUCCUCUACCUCUCUGAAUGCCGGAUGCAGUCUCGUAUUUCUGGCCCUUUCACACCUGACAUGGAUUAUGGCACAAGACAGUCCACCAGAAAUUGUGACAUCACCAGAUGCUGGAAUGAUCCAGCUGGUUGGAUCCACCAAAAGUCUGACAUGUAGUGCUGCUGGUAGCCCAAAUCCUGUGUAUAGCUGGAUUCAGAAUGAUGUUUACUACAAAAACUAUUCUCGCAAUGAUGUCAACAUGAAGACACUUCGUAUUGUUAAUCUCCAAGAAAAUGACAGUGGCAUGUUCCGAUGUCUUGCCAGCAACAGCCUAGGAGCAGAGCUGAGCCAGGCUGCUGAGAUCAAAGUUGCUGUUCUGCAAAAUUUUACAGCUACUGGGUCAAAAGAAAUAAUGGUAGACCAAGGAAAGGCAGUGAUCCUUCCUAUGCCUCCCAUUAAAACCCUUGCCUUGGAUGUGACCUGGCAAGAGAAUAACAAUACAUUGAGUGAAGAUUACUUCUACAGUUUUACACAAAACCUUUCUCUGGUCCUUCUCUCAGUGGAUAAAAACAUAAUGGGCAAAGAGUACAGAGUCAAGGCGGAAUACGUUUUCACCAGUUUCUCAACAGUUAGUUCCCCUUACAUCUUGCGUGUAAGAGAAGGAAAUGGAACAGAUAGCAAUAAUCCCACUAACAUUGCACCUGAAGUGAUUGUGCCACCUGAGAACACAAGCACUGUUAAAGGAAGUGAUAAAGUGGAGCUGAUAUGCAUUAUCAAUGCAAGACCAAUGAAUAUGCUGACCAUUAGCUGGUACCAUGUCUAUGGCAAUGGAACCAGGAAGAGUAUUGACACAGAUGACAAAUAUAUUGUAACAAACUAUAGACGAAAACUGAUAAUAAAGAAUUUGGAUGAAAGUGACACAGGACAAUACCAGUGUGAAGGACUUUUGGGAUCUUUGGGAUAUCCACCUGCCAGAUCGUCUGCAAAUCUUUUUGUUCAAGUGCUGCCAAUGAUUCCACCUGGAGCUCUUCCUCGAGUAAUAGAGCGUGAUUUCAGUGAAACAGUAAUUUUGCCUUGUACAGCACAGGGAGUUCCACAACCCACUUUACACUGGUACUUUAAUGGAUGGAGUAUUUCACCGGUUGUGAGACCUGAAAGGUACACAUUAUAUCCUAAUGGAACUUUAGAAAUCAGAAAUCUAGACUUACCAGAUGCAGGGAAAUAUCAGUGCUUCGCAAGAAAUCCUGCUGGAGAAACUUACAAAGCAGUAUGGCUAAAAGUGAACAGCGCACCACCUCAGAUCACAAAAGCACCAGAAAACCUGACAAAAGUGGAGUCAUCUGAUGCUAGGUUUUACUGCCAGGUGACAGGAGCUCCAGCACCCAACAUUACAUGGACUAAAGUGACAGGUACAAAUGAGGAACCUGUGGUGUUUGGUGGCCGAUACCAGCGAUUUCCAGACAGUCUGUCCAUUGCGACUGUCAUAAAGAGCGAUUCAGGGGCUUACAGGUGCAAUGCCACUAACAUUAAAGGCACACAGUCAGCACAAGCCUACUUGCUGGUUAUUACCAAGACAAAUAUUGUUCGCCCACCUCAGAACCAGACUGUGAUCAUAAGCACGCAAGUCACAUUUGAGUGUGGGAUCAUUCGUGAUGAGAACACAUUGCCAGUCUGGGAGUGGUUCUUUUACAAGAGUCCUGAUUUUGUAGAGAGACAGAUUAACAAUUCUAAUCGGUAUUUCAUCAGUGAGAUAGGCAGCCUGAUCAUAUCUGGUGUGUCGGCCCAAGACAUUGGGAAAUACAGGUGCCAUGUCAUAUCUGCAGGAGGAAACGAUAGUCGCACAGCUUCUCUGAACGUUAUAGAGCUGCCUCGUCCACCUUCGAUAAUGACAGUAGCAUUGAACCCAUUGCUAAAUAACAGUGUUGUGAUCACAUGGACUCCAGCAUUCAAUGGUAAUAGUGCACUUCGCAAGUACAUCAUCACAUAUAGGCAGGAAAACCCAAAUGGAAACAAUGUUGAUGUGGCCUGGGAUGUCUAUCCUGACAAUAUCAACCCAGCCUACACAUCCUAUGCUGUGAACAACCUUCUUCCCUCACGCUACUAUCGCUUCCGCAUUUCUGCUGUGAAUGAGGUGGGAGAGGGAAAUGCUAGUCAGCCCAUGCCAAACCCAGCCAUCAAGAUGCCUGCUCAGCCUCCAAGUGAACCACCUCGUAACUUCUUCUGCAAGCAAGGGGGUGAUCAAGAAAUAGAAGCUACCUGGGAGACACCAGUGGAGAGCUCAUGGAACGGCAACCUUCAGGGCUAUGUUCUGUACUAUAAAGUACAAAAUCUACCCAGCAUUCCAAUGUCAGAAAAGAAGGUGGAAGGUGCUAAUGUGCACACGGCUGUUAUAGGAUCUCUUGUGCCCUUCAAAGAGUAUGCUGUCAGAAUUGCAGCUUAUAAUGAGGAAGGAGUUGGUGUUAUGAGCAACCCUUUCCUGGUGUGGACUCGUGAGGGUCGCCCCACAGCUGCUCCUUCAAAUGUUGUGCCACAAACGGUAAACUCCACGACCAUUAAACUGCAGUGGGAUCCACCUUACCCCGGGGAGAUCUAUGGGAACAACUUAGGGUACAUGGUUCAGCUGUGGCAGAAUGAAGUGCUGGUGCGCAGUGAUUUUGUGCCCUCACAUUCAGAGAAUUUGGAGGGUCGUCAAGAGUACUAUGUAGGAAAUUUGGCCAAAUUUAAAUGGUACAACUUCACCAUCGCCUGUCGUACAUCACCUGGUCUUGGUCCCUUCAGUUCACCAGUUGCACAGCAAACGGAUGAAGAUGUACCUGGAUCUGUAAAUGAUCUCAAAUUUGAUCAAAUCCAGGAUCGAAGCUGUCGUGUCAACUGGUCACCACCACGUGAAGUCAAUGGGAUCCUCCAAGGCUAUGUUGUCGAGUGGGUAAAAAGAAUCAAAAUGAAUCGGCAGACAGUAGAUCUGCCUUCCAUGCUGACAUACUACACAGUGUCAAACCUAUCGCCAGUAACAAACUAUACCAUCUAUGUGGCAGCCAAAACUCGCAAAGGCAUAGGUGCUUGGGUCUCUGCAGAUAUUCAGUCAGGAGUCCCUCCAGAGCUGCCUGGUCCUCCAUAUAACCUGGCAUUUUCCAAUAUUGGAGCCAGGACAGUACUUCUUCAGUUUUUCCCUGGUUACGAUGGGAAGACAUCCAUUACAAAGUGGAUUGUCUUGGCUAAAGAGGGAGAAGCCACCACAUACACUGAAAUAUAUUCAGUUUCAAACCCAACAGCAAAUGAGAUCUGGGUACAGAACUUAAAACCAUAUACAGGCUAUCAGCUGAAAGUUAUUGCAGAAAACAUUGUGGGUCGCAGUGACCCAAGCCAGCCUUCACAAAGGUUUGAAACUUUGCAAGCAGCUCCUGCAGUGCCUCCUGGCAAUGUGACUGUGCGAGCAAUCAAUUCUACUGGAUUUAGAAUAAGCUGGACGCCUAUAUCUAGUCAGGAUUGGAAUGGUGUACCUCGUGGCUACAAAAUUGACUAUAGGAUAUGGAGCACAGAAAAAGAGGAUGCUGGUGUAGCUCUGGUACAGGAGUCAAAAUGGACGACGGUAGAGCUGGCUAAUGGAAUUAACAUAGACUCCUACAAUCUUGUUCAGCUGCAAGAGUGGAUGGACUAUCAAAUUCGCAUGAACUCCUACAAUGAUGUUGGAGUCAGUCCAUUCUCUCCCACCACCACUGCACGCACAAGGGAAUCAACACCCAGCGCCAGUCCAAGUGACCUGAAAGCAUUGACUGUUUCCACAACACAGAUAUUGGUGUCUUGGAAUUCUGUUCCACGCCUUGAGCAGAAUGGACAGAUUCUGGGAUACAAGGUGUUCUACAAGGCACGAGACAGUAAUACUGAUCCACUUUUCCAGGAUGUGGAUGGGAAAGACACAUAUAAUGUAACCCUUGGGGGCUUGCGAAAGUUUGUGUGGUAUAACAUGCAGAUCUUAGCUUAUACUCGCAUGGGUGAUGGUGUACUCAGUUCACCAGUUUCUGGGAGAACUGAUGAAGAUGUGCCUGGUCCCCCCAUUAUAAUCUACUUCCCAAAUGUGACAUACACCUCAGCUGUAGUUGUGUGGAACCCACCCAAAGAACCAAAUGGCAUCAUCACUCAGUAUAAAGUCUCCUACCGAAAACAAAGAGCAACCACAGAUGAAAAUGAGGUGCUUGUUGAGCCAAACUACAGAGAGUAUGGUGUGGACAACCUGGAGCGAGAGGUCGUCUAUGUUUUUUCAGUAACUGCUAAAACUCAAAAAGGAUGGGGCACACCGGCCAGUGUGGAAGUUUUGACCAUGCUAAACAGAGAUCGGCCUGAUCAACCAAGCAAACCAACAGUGGGAAACCUUCAAGUCCAGGCUCGUAGCAUAACCAUUGCUUGGCAUUCAGGUCCUGACAACUAUGGCCCCAUAAGAAACUACACCAUCCAAUACAAAAUGCGGGGUGGUGCCUGGACUGUAUUUCCAGAUGGCAUUCCUCCUUCAGCAUCAUCGUAUACUGUAACUGGGUUGCGUCCAAACACUUGGUACCAGUUCUGUGUGGCAGCUACCAAUGAUAUUGGUACCAGUGAUUAUAGUGAACCCUCAUCUGAGAUUCAAACCUCCCCAGACAAACCAGAUGGAGCACCCCAGAAUCUGAAUGUCAUUCCUCUUGACCAGACAACUAUACAAGCCUCAUGGGAGCCACCUCCCUCUUCCACAUGGAACAGUGAUGUAAUUGUAGGUUACCGCCUGCGCUUCAGAGUAGAGGAAACCAACAACUGGGAAUACCUUUUCAUUGACUCAGGCCAUGAGAAGCUGAUUACAAAUGGACUGUCUCCAAGUAAUUUUUAUGAGAUUAUGGUCCAAGCAUACAAUUUUCUUGGAGGAGGUCCUUGGAGUUUGCCAGCUUUUGUCUCCAUGGAGAUUGCAACCCCUGCAAGACACUUGGAAUGGGCGCUGUUGAGUUACGUGGUGCAGUUCAAGCAGAUGCAGCAGCAGGACUACCAGGAGGAGGUAGUACCAUUUGACACCAACAGCAAGGUUAUUGGCAACUUGGUCAUCUCUCAGACAUAUGAAGUACAGGUGCUGGCCACUAACCGUAUAGGGCCUGGGCCUCCCAGCAAGCCUGCCACAAUCUAUGUUGGGGAAGCUGCCCCCAGUGCAGCUCCUGGCAAUGUGCAAGCCAUAAACAGGAGCUCUUCUACCUUAGAGGUCACUUGGGCAGCGCCACCACCUCCUUCUUGGAAUGGGGCACUAUCAGGCUACAAAGUGCUGUAUUUCAAAAAUACCAGUGGUAACCCAGUAGAGCAGCAGCAAAUCUCUGCAGGAACACGGACUGUUCUGGACAGUUUGGAAACUUUCACUGUCUAUAUGAUUUCUGUGCAAGCUUAUAAUCUGGCAGGGGAUGGACCUCAAAGUCCACUGACAAGUGGCAGACAUCUGAAGGAUUCCAGUCGGGGCUUCCUGCAUACAAGGCCAGAUCUGUCUAUAUUUAGUGUGCAUUUGCCAGGGCCUCCAGGACCAAUAAAGUUUACCAACAUAACCAUGCAUCAGCUGACAGUCAAUUUUAUACCUCCAGCUGUAACUAAUGGCAUUGUCUUGCUUUAUGAAAUGGAGUAUUUUCCUGUCCCAAAGGAUCCCUUUGAGCCAUUGCCUCCAAAGAGAACUCUACGUGCAAACGAGACAGUGAUUGUUGUGACAGACCUGAAAGAAAAUGUUCGCUAUGUGUUCAGCAUUGCUGCCAAUACCUCUGUUGGCCGCGGUAGUGCAAGGACAGCAAAUGUAUCUACAGGCCCACAGCCAGGUUCUCCAAGUCCUCCAAGUAAACCCACUGUUAGUGAGCACAACAGUGGCACACUGCUUAUUCAGUGGGUUGAUGGGGACAGUGGCCGGUCGCCCAUCUAUGGCUACUGUAUUCAAACCAAGAAAGCAGAUGAAAGUGAAUAUGUGACACUUCAGCAAGAGAUUACAGGAGAACCUAAAGUGUAUAUUUCACUGACACUCUUGAAUCCUGAAACAAGCUAUCAGUUUAGUGUCAUUGCUAUCAACGACCAAGGCAUAAGUCUUCCUAGUGUGCCAUCCGAUGUUUUUGUCACCCCUGGUCUGGCUUUACCUCAGGUAGCAAAGCCUUUCCACACGGAGUGGUGGUUCUUGGUGAUCAUAGCACUCACAGGUGUCAUCAUCAUCCUUGUCAUAGUUUCACUUCUGUGCCUUGUGACUCGACGAAGAAGGGAUAACAAAGAAAUGAAGAGAUCGCAGACUGCUACAACUGUUAUGUCUGAACCUUCAGAACCAGAAGAAGGUGGCUUUCCUACUUAUGAAUUGAGACGUUCUACUAGAAAUACAGCACAGAGGAAUGGAACAGUCAAGAAUAUUUAUGCGAGGACACCACCACGACCCAGUCCUGCUAGUGUUGCAUAUUCAGAUGACGAUGAUGCUAUGUCGACGGCCAAGCCACCCAUACCUGAUGAUAGUGAUAGCUCUGUCACUGAUAAACCCUCUGAUUUAGAGGACUCCACAGAGCCAAGUGAUGAGGAAAGUGAUGCUGAGAGUGAAAAGGUGCCUGCAUCACCACCUCCACCAGCUUUCAGCAUGGUAUACGCAAACAAUGACCAAGUGCGCCAGUCGUGGCGCUUCCCAAACUCCAAUAAUGCUUAUGUGUACACUGAUAGUGAGGCAGACAGCAGCCAUUAUGCCAUUGGGCUACACAAUGGGCAGCUGAUGAUGAACAACACUGCCCGGGCAAGGACUCCAAUGACCGGCUUCUCAUCCUUUGUGUAAUGAGUCGGUUGACCUGCAACUGUCUUGCUACUGUUGUGUGAGUAGCU